AUGAAUUCUCUUCUACUUGUGUUGGUGUUGGUUACCUUCGCUGUUAUCUGUAAUGCAAAAUGGCCAAGUGAAACUCAAUCUGCUUCCAGUGUGUUUCCAUCCUCUGGACAUAGUUGUGGAGGUAUUUCACCAUUAACUCGUUGGGCAAGAACAAGUCGAACAGACACAAUACGUAUGAAUAUUGAUACAAGUAGUUGUCAAUUUGAAAAUACUCCGAUGUAUUUCACGAGCAUAUCAGGUACUGCUGGUCAUUACCUUCUUGUUGGUGUUAAUGCAAUCUAUGAACCAAGCAAGAAUGGCUUCAUUAUUAAUGUUCACUCGACACGCAAUGAAUCAGCCGAUACACUCAUGGCUUGGUCAGCUCAAUAUAAAUGGAACGUCAAUUGGUUCGGCUUUUCACCUUGA